AGAGAGAGAGAGAGAGCCAUCAAUGUGGUGCAGGAGAGGGAAGAGGAAAUUGAAUCAUUUUAACUCCUGCUAUUUUGAAACUUUAGUCUCUGUGUGCUUCUGUUUUAGAAAAAAACAGUUAAAUCCUCGCCUGAGAUCCCUAGACCAACCCUACUCCCAAAAAAGAUUUCACUUUCUUUCUUCUUGAACUACUGUUGUGGGACAUCUUCCAUCUCAGGAGAACUUUGAAAGAAAAAGACUUUCCAUACCUUUCUUCUCCUGGCAGAAAAAUAAUCUAAAGAAAUGGUUCACCAGUUCUACUCCUAAUGACCUACUUCAUGGAUGAUCUAAUGGCCUUUAUUUGGAUAUCAAUAUUACUGACCUCAGUAUAUUGCCUGACAGAGGAACAAGAGGAUCUUGCAGCCAAAGUAUCAGAACUAUCAGUCACGAUCUCAAAAAAAGAUCCAAAGAGAGUGGAGUUAAUCUGGGACAACAGUGACAAUAUCACAACACCCACAAGUGUAAUGCAAACACCCUAUUCACCAGUGAUGGACAUGGACUAUAUCAAGAAAGUCUGCUGUCACUUUUCUAAUUGUAAUUUAAAUCAUGGAGGAGAAGAUACAGCUGCAAAAAACUUCUCCUGUAUUGUUUACAAUAUUUAUUUCAUGAAUUGCACUUGGACAGUAGGCAAAGCAGCUCCAAAUCAUGUCCAGUAUUACCUUUAUUCACAGAAUGCCAAAAAAAAACAAGAAAGUGAAUGUACAAAUUACAUAAAAGAUUCCCAGAAGAGGCAUGUGGGAUGUCACUUUGAUGAACUUGAUAGAUUUGGAGGCAAGGCUUAUUUCCUUGUAACUGGUAGCAGCAAAAGAAUAAAGAUCAAAAAUUUUUGUUCUGAGAAAAUUUCACUAUUUUCAAUAGAAAAAUAUAAUGCACCAUCUAAUAUCACUGUGAACUGCUCAAAGUCAAAUUGUCUUAUACAAUGGCAGAAACCAAAAACAAGAAUUGAAAUUGGUGACACUGAAUUUAGAUACAUGCUUUGCAUACAAAAACUAGGCUCUCAGUACACUAACGAUACCGAGAUUGAGCUACCAGGAUCUACAAAAAAUGAAUAUGUCUUCACAAAUUUUGACAUGGAAAAAAAUUAUAUCUUGAAAAUAAGAGCAAGACAUCGAAGAGCAAGUUGGGGUUAUUGGAGUAAACCUAUAGAAUUUGGAAGUUCUGAAGAACAAAAAAGAAGUCCUAUAUAUAAUUAUAUAUUGAUGGUAUUUGGGACAGUUGUCUUUGUAUUAAUUAUCAUAUUUCUCUUUAAAAGAUACCAUAUAAUGCAAAAAUUAUUCCCCCCAAUUCCUCAGAUUAAAGACAAAGUGAACAUCUGUGAUCACCUGAAUAGACAGAUCAUCUGGGAAGAAUUUAAAUAUUAUCCAGAAAAAUGUGAAGAAAUAAUGACUAUAGAUGUAAUGGGAUGAUGUCAAAUGGUCAGAGGAAUAUGUGAAUUUCUCCAGUAUUAUUACCUAUUGGAGUUUAAAGAAAUUUUUUUUUUACAUUUUAUUCCUCUCUGAUGAGAGGUGAUUUAGCAUAUUGAAGAAUAAGCUUCAAAACCAAGAACCUAUCCCUCCUCCAAAUGGUCUUAUUUCUGUUAAGGGCUCCACUACCCUUCCCAUCACCUGUGUUUGCAUGCUUGGAAUCAUCACUGACUUUUUCCUUUUGUAUCACCACAUAUCUCACCCCAUCUCCAAUCAAUGCCAUAUUUUGUCAAUUCUACUUCCACAACUUUUGAUUCUGUCCCUUUCUCUCCUGAUUUCUGUCUUUUCCCCAACCAAUCCAUCUUACAUACAGUUUUAAAAUUAAUAUGCCUCAUCUGACAGUAUAAAUGCUACUAAGCCAAGGACUGCUGUACCCAAUUCCCCUCCAUUAAUGAGCUCCUGAUUGAACCCAUGAACACAGUUCUGACUUAGUUCAGUCCUAGAACAUUCUAGCCUCUAGUGAAAGAGGAUCAGACUCCUUUUCUCUCUUUUUAGCAGUUUAUAUUCCUACCCUGACCUAGGUAGUACAUAGAUAGAGGGUCAGCCCUGGAGUCAGGAGGACCUGAGUUUGAACCCAGACUCAGAAAUUUACUGGCUGUGUAAUCCUGGGCAACUCACUUAACCCAAUUAGCUUCAAUUCCUCAUUUGUAAAAAUGAGUUAGAGAAGGAACUGGUAGACCACUCUAGAAUCUUUGCCAAGAAAACCCCUAAUGUGAGCAUUGAGUGGAACAAGACUGAACAGACUCAACAACAACACUCCUACCCUAACAUCUUAGGGGAAAGUUUAAAUUUUGGUUAUUUCAGGACUUCCCCAAAGCAAAAGUGGAAAGGUACCCAAUAUUAACUGUAAUUCAGAUAGGAGAGGAAGCCUGGGAUAGUUACUAGACCUGGGGUUUCAUUGGUGUAGUAAAUUCCCCAGUAUUGAAAUUACCUCUAACAAUGCAGGCCAUCACUUUUUUAGCAAUUUAUAGGAUUAGAGAAUUACUUAGAACUCUGAGAAAUUAAGUGACUAGUCUGGGGUCAUAUAACCAGCAUAUGUCAAAGGCAGAACUUUAAUUUAGGACUUCCUACUCUAUUCACUAUGUCAAUAUUUCUUUACUAUACAAAAAGUAAAUACUUAGCAUAAAUAUUAACAUAAAAGCCUCAUAAGAAGGGAGGGUUCAUUUACAGAAAACUUAAAUCCAACAAUCAGUACUAGUAGUUACUGAAAUACUCUACCUAGUAAAUUGAGACAAUUAAACCAUCAAAACAUAAAACAUUUGCUAGAACUGCUGAAUACCCAUUUUGCAUUUCACCUCAUCUCUGCACCAUCCUUCAUCUUAUGACCAGAUGUCAUUUCUCCUGUAAGAACAUCACAGUAGUUAGUAGGAACUCCUUCCCAAAUCCAUCUGGCACUCUCUGGAGACCCAGAACCUCCAGACCUCUGGAAUUCACAAGGUAACCUUUAAGCCUGAAGUUGUACGCCUUAUGGUCCAUGUUUGAUCACUUUGGAUCAGCCAAAUAAACCCAAAAUUGAG